UUGCUACCUCGCUCCCUGCGACAACAAUAAAUGAUCAUAAAUUGUGUCAUUUUCCCUGAAUUCACGUGCGGCGAAACUUUUAAAAUGAAACAGACGCACACAUUGCCAGUUCGUCUAUUUUGCCUAAUUCUUGUAUCCGAAUAUUUGGUCAAGCAAGCACGAUGUGAACAUAUACUUGGUUUCGCAUCCUUGAGCUUUGUCAGUCACCAUCGAGUGUUAUGGAAGCUUGGCAAAGAGCUUCAGACAAGAGGACACAAAUACACUCACAUUUUACCGAAUUUUGCGAAGGAAACCUACGACGACGUGAACAUAAAGAUAUUCAAUUCAUCGUUAACCAACGAAGAUAUUGAGGAUUGGUUUUUAAAUUUCGCGAGAGUCGGCAACUACAAUAAGGACAUGUUCGCAUUAUUUCACUUGGUAACCAAAACAAUGCCAAAACUCGAGCAGAUGUUUCGACAAUUCUGUGAGGACUUUUUAAAAAAUGAAAGCUUGAUUGCAGAACUCAAAGCAACUGUUGAUUUAGUACUGUGCGACGUUAUAAACGAGUGCUGUGUUAUUCUGGCUGAUAUGUUGAAUGUAACUCGAGUAGAUGUGUCUACUGCGGGUUUCGCCACUGGGAUUGGUGUAUACGUCUUUGCUUACCCCCAAGCACCAGUAUAUGCGACAUUAGAGGCCUCCAUAUUAUUGCCAAGCGCAAGCAAAUUUUCGUUUAUAAACCGACUGAAAGGUUUUGUGACUUGCAUGGGUUUUUGGCAUACUUUCAGGCCUGGACUGGAAGAUCUCUGGGAGAAGAACGCGAAAGCUAACUCGAAGUUCAGGGAUGCGGCAACUGCGCGCAGAACGCAUGGUAUUGCACUUAUCCCGCAUGAUUUUGUACUUGGACUGUCUCGUUCUCUCGGCGCCAAUAUUAAAGUAAUCGGGGCAAUUUCACCAGAGCCUGCGCGAAAGCUUCCAGAGCGUUUGGAUAAGUAUAUGAGUGAAAAUAAGGUCGUCGUAGUGGUCUCAUUUGGCACAGUUUUCUCAGACUAUCCAAUAGACCUUGCUCAAAGUAUUGCGGAUGAACUGAGCCAGGUGUCUGCUGCGGUUUUAUGGAAAUAUUCUGGUACACUGCCAAAAAAUCUCGGAAACAAUUUAAAGAUUAUUCCAUGGAUUCCUAGAAACGAGUGUUCAUUUAAUGACAUUUUAGGCCAUUCGUCUACCAAAGUUUUUGUUACCCAUGGUGGGAUGAAUAGCUUUCAGGAAAGUGUCUAUCAUGGGAUUCCUAUGGUUCUCAUACCAAUGGCAGCUGACCAGCCCAGACAGGCUGAUGUGGUACGAUAUAAAGAGCUUGGUGUGGCCAUCGAAUGGAAGUCUAUAAAGGCCAAUGGCAAAGUGUUGCGAAAUGCUAUCAAUGAGGUUCUAAAUAACAAAGUUUAUAAGGAGAAUACUAAAAGACUUUCAACAAUAAUGCGGGACAGAAAACAGACUCCAAGCCAGGAAGGUGCUGAUUGGAUUGAAUAUGCAUUACGUCAUGAUGGUGCCCCUCAUCUCACCAGCGAAGCAAUUGAUUUACCAGAAUAUAAAUUGCAAAUGUUUGAUGUUUUCAUCUUCCUUCUUGUCGUAAUAUGCCUCGUUAUUUAUCUCAUACUGCGUUUGUGCUGCUGUAUUUUUCGUGCUUGUGGGAGAAAGAUGCAAGUUAUUAAAGAGAAGCAGACUUAACGAGCCUGCACCUUUUUAAAACAUUUUCCAUUACUGGUGUAGACACUACAACUUUUUCGCCUAAUCAAAAACAUGGUCUGCAAUAUUAUUCCGCUGUAUCAUUCUUUCAGAUUUAAAAAAAUGUUUUUAUAGUAAAUUUUUUUAGUGUGGUUUGCAAUGCAUUUAACUAACUUAUUCAAUUUAAAUUAAUGUAAUUCUGCAACACAGUCAUAGUCCUGAUCUAAUUCAGCAAUAUAUAGUCAUAAAUCCCAGCUACCGCAUUACAGAGCGGCUCUAUAUUGUGUACAAUUCAUUGAAAAAUUGGCCUGAAUUAUACGCAAGAUCACUGAUUAUAAAGUAAUCGUAAAAGUCGUAAAACAUUACUCUAAUUCCUUGUCAUACGGAACUCAAACAAUUUCUUCAUUUGUCAACGAAUUUUACCGCGUUUUUCGGUGGAUUUUGUAUUUAUCCUACUCUGCACUUUCUUGGAUGUUGACUUUGUGUUUUUUUUCGUGCAACGUCUCUGGUCAGAGGUCAGAGGUGGAGUAAUAUCGAAUAUUAUACGUUACGGACUUGCGGGA